AUGAAAGUUCGUGCUCAUAGAGCGUGUCGAUACUGUCAGGUCAGAAAAAAACGCUGCAUUGGGGGGCGUCCUUGUCAAAAUUGCGUUGAAGAUGGUAGAGAGACCUGUGAGUUUGGCCUCACUGAGAUUGGUGGAAAGCGAGAUGUACUUCGACUUCAGAAGAAGCAGGUGUUCCCAAGGCGCAGAUCGGCCUGCUUGCGGUGCCGCGGCAAAAAAGCACGUUGUACUGGCAAGGGAUUUCCGUGUGGAACAUGUACCGCAAGCGGGCUUGGAAGCACGUGUGAGUUUCCAAAGACAGAAACUCGUGCCGAAGACACGGCAUCUCCAAAUCAUUGCAAUAUCACCACCAAGUCACCUCGAAAGGACGUUUUAGGUCCGGAUCAGAUCCAACGGCCUGAAAGAUCUGUCCGUGAAGGAUGCGAUAUUGAGUCGAUAUCCUUCACCUCCACAUUUGCUGCACUUGACAGAAGUCCCGCAGGCCACGACGAGUCACUGGGAGCUGCUAUAAUCAGUCCUCAGGCCAGUAGCCUGACUGCAAUCUCGGAGCUGAGUGAAUCCUCAAGCCUGGAUUUGAGCAGCUUCGAAAAUGCUGUUGACUCAUCUUCACCGGAAGACCGUCCUUCAUUUGAGCAGCUAUUCGAUGUCCUCCCAGGUCGUGAGAUGAUUGACCACUUGAUAAAAACAUAUUUUGCCUCUAUUUCCACGCUAUUUGGCAUCAUUGACGCCACCGCCUUUGGAGCUGAGUAUACGCUUUUCUUGCGGGACCGUUACUCAAUGGAUAGCUCCUGGUUAGCAUUGCUUUUCGCAAUCCUGGCUCUCGCGUGCCGUGCAGAAGAAGAUCCGUCAAAAGGCGGUUUCCCAGAUGCUGCGUCGACUUGGUAUGAAGAAACCGCCUGGAAAUGUCUGUCAGCCAACAGCUCACCAUCUCAAUCAUCGCCGAGUACUUUGAAGGCAAUGUUACUCAUCAUCUACGGUCGCACACACCGUGGAGAGAAUGUUCUCAGUCAACUGCGAAUGGCUUAUCGGGUGGCAAUUUCCACCAAAAGGCACUUCGAUACUGCUCAGUGUGUUUCAAAUCCCUCAGUCUGCGAAGAGUUUCGGGCUAUUUCGAUUGGAUUGAAAACUCUCUUCAUCAUCAAUGCUCAAAUGCAUGACUACUACCGCAACCCGGAACUCAGACAAGAAUUGCAGCUACUACUGGAUACCACCAUAGAGACUUCUGAAUUGACUACCGUGGAAGUGUUAUCUCCCAUGCAGAUGACGUUCACGAACUUGUACUUUCAGCUUUUGAAGAUAUCAGUAACGAUAUGUUCGACAACAGAACUUGGUUGGAGGUCGGAUUGGAGCGUCUCUGGACUUGAAACCGAGAUAUCACGCAUGGAGGAUUGCUGCAGCAAGCUCUACAUCGAGUCGAAUGGGGCUGUUUUGCAGUCGAUGUCUCCCCACCCAGUCUUCGGUAUACUGCAGUGCUACAUCAACUAUGUGCUUCAUCUUCUCUUUUUGCCUGAUCUCGAGAAUUACCUAGAAGGGGAUAUUGCGGUCGAUACAAAGUUAUCUGCUUUCAAGUGUAUUGCGUUUGCAAAGGCCUCACUGCGAACUUUCAAUUAUCUGGCUGAGAACAUGCAGCCUAAUGCUUAUGGUUGGUAUAUUCGAGGGCUCGGAAGCUACUAUGCCGAGCAGUCUGCAUAUUCUCUCGCCAGAGGUGCCGAAGAACUUGAAGGACAAGAAGAUGCCGAGAACUGCCGUUCUUUAGUGCAGCGUACGUUGCAGAUAUUUUCUACAUUAUCGGGCCGCAGCAUCUUCUCUGCGCGAGGAGCAUCUAACCUUCAGCAUCCAUUAAUGCCCCCCGGACCUCAAGGCUAUUGCUCAGGUGUUGUUACGUGA